CAAAUUCCUAGAAAGAAUAGCAAAAUCAGAAUUCAAUUUAUGUAAUUUUCUGAGCAAAAAUAUCCUCCUAAACACAACCAUUUUCUUGUUCAACAUCAAAUAGCAUGGAAAGAUCUAAAAACCUAAGUGUAGUAUUUAUCUUUUGGCUUGUCACAUUUUCCUUUGCAACUAUUCACACAUAUGGGGAUGCUGCACAAAAGAACGUCCGAGACAAGCAACAAGAAGCCUAUUCUACCCUUCUAACAUCGUCGUUGCGAUCUUGGGAUAAGGUCAAGUCGUAUAUCAAUCAACUCCAACUUAAGUUUUUUCCUCCUGAUUUAGAUUUUGGGAGCAAGGAGGUUGCUACUGCUGAUGGUGGUGCCAAGGAGAGGAUGAAAGAGGCUGCCCAGAAGAGCUUUGGUAAGAGCAAAGAAACCGUUGAGGAGACCGCCAAAUCGGCUGCUAAGGUGGUGGAGCAGACAGUGCAUAAAACAGUUGAGAAAGUGAGAGGAAGUGCGUCUUCUGGACAUGAUCAUGACGAGCUCUGAGAAAGCUCUACUGCUAAAACAGAAAAUGAAAAUCAUUCCUCUUGAGCCAAGGAAUGAUAAUUGAUAGCUAUAGAAUCACUCUUUAGAGUUCUCUUUUUUAGUUAGCUUACCUUGUUAUGUUUUAGCUUAAUUGUUGUUGUAAUUUUGAUAUAUAUACCCCAAGAGAAUGGUUGAAUGGUUGUGGUAUAACAGUAACAUUGUGGAGAUUUUAGAUGUAUAUUAAUUUUGAGGUUGCGGUAAGAA